AUGCCGCCUGCACUCAGCGAUGACAACGAGUCCUCUGGCGACGAGCAGAUCCCCGCGCAGAAGAAAGGAAGGCGGCCCAAUGCGCAGGCCGAGCUAGUCGAGGACGAGGACGAGGUCGACGAGGAAAAUCAGGAAGAUUCGGUCGAAGACGAAUACAUCGUGGAAAAGGUUCUGGGUCACCGUAUCAGAAAGGGCGAGCUGGAAUACCAUGUCAAGUGGCAGGGCUAUGAUGACCCCGCUGACCACACCUGGGAGCCUGAGCAGAACAUGGAUGGCGCCGUCGAUGUGCUGAAGGAAUAUUUCGACCACCUCGGCGGCCGACCAGAGAUCAAGGGACAGAAGCGAAAAGGACGACCGUCAGCCGCCAAGUCCGAAUCAGGGACCCCCGCCUCGAGUGCCAAGCGCGCGAAACAAGAGAAGCAGUGGAGUCCACCCCCGGGCUCGUGGGAACACGAUGUCAGCCAUAUCGACACUGUUGAGGAGAGUUUGGACCCCAAGACGGGCGAAGCCGCACGCUUCGCAUACCUAGUCUGGAACAACCAGAAGAAAACACAACACCCACUCAAGCAUGUCUAUGUCAAGUGUCCACAGAAGAUGCUCCAAUACUACGAAAGCCACCUGGUCUUCACACAGAACAACGACGGGCUAAAUGGUGACGAUGAUGACAUUUAA